AUUUCAUUACAUUGUAAUACAGCUGCUAAUAACGUUUCAUUGUUAUGCAGGGCGACUUAAAGACAGUAAUGCGCGACUCCUCCACUCCACUGAGCCCAACCCAGAAGGUAAAUAUCUGUGCAGCGGUCGCCUCCGGUAUGAAUUACCUCUGCAACCACGGUCACGUGCACAAAGAUCUUGCAGCACGCAACUGCCUCGUGAACAAAGCAUUCGACGUGAAAAUCUCAUUCCUCAGUCUAAACCAAGGCACCUAUCCCAAAGAGUAUUACAAGCACAAUGGUGAACUUAUCCCUCUGCGGUGGAUGGCGCCUGAAGCUUUGGAAGGCGACUACAGUGACAUGAGCGAUGUUUGGUCAUUCGGUGUCCUAAUGUGGGAAGUUUAUAGCGAGGGGAUUUUACCCUACGAAGAACGACCCGACGAGGAGGUGCUGCAUUCCGUGGCGGAUGAUCUACGUUUGACGAAGCCAGAGAGGUGUCCUGGAAAGAUUUAUAAAAUGAUGGAGAAGUGUUGGGCCGACGAGAAGGAAUAUCGAAUUACAUUUGGACAACUGUGCGAGGAUAUCUCUGAAAUACCGCGAGAGAGCGAUUUUUAGAUUCGAUACUGGUGGAGAUUGCGUUUAAACAUUAAUGUGAAUGCUAUUGUGGUUUAUACGACAGAAGAUUCUGAAAAUACCACGAUAAAGUGACUUUUAGAUAAAUUGGUAUUUGCUGUAAAGAUUGAAUAACGAUACAAGCUGGAGAAAAAAGACAAUUAUAGGAAUUAUCUGGUAAUCUAUUUUCAUAAUAGGAUAUCUAUGUAUCCUGGAUAAAUAUUAUUAUUAUUAUCUAACCUGAUUUACUCGACAGAGGAACGUUUAUCACUUAUAAAAAACAUGCUGGUCGUAUUUGGAAUUCAGAGAUAAAAGACUGACAAUAAGACAUUUAUAUACUAGAUGGUUCCGAUAUCUGCUUACGCAAAAGAAACGAAAUUCGGGGUUAAAACUGAGUCCAUGUCCAGAAGUAUUACUGUAAUAGGAUAUCUGGCCAAAUUUUUAAAAGAAGGAAGUCAAGCAUCAUUUCUUUCGAACGAGGAACGUCCAACACUUAUAAAAAAACAUCAUUGAACAUACUGUACAUUUGAAGUUCUAAUGGAAGUUCUCAUAAAAAGUUUUCCUAAGAAUGACAUUCAACACGAAGAGGGCACGUUUGCGAGGUGUGAUGGGAGUUUAAAAAAGGAGUAAAGAAUGUAGUAAAGAAAACGAGUGCUGUUCAUUUCACGCUGUGGUAACUUGACAUAUUGUUAGUAACAUGAGUGUAAAGUAAAAACAUUGCAUUAUAGAUAAGGCCAAAAAAAAAUGUGGGUUUCCGGUUUCUUCUUAUAAAAACUUAGGUAGGGUAGGUCGGUUUUAACUUUUUUUUUAAACUUUUUUUUUUAAUUUUCCUUAACAACCGCACGCCAUUUUGUUUAGUCAGUGCUUCCACAUCCAAAGAUAGAUUUCCCUAAUAUUGCCUCAAAUUUCAAUUUUCCACAAACUUUUUCCUCUAAGUGGAAACACAAGCAUGAUCCAAUAAAAAAGUUUAGGGUUGGGAUUUCGACGUCCAAAAGUUAGGUAGGGUCGGGAAACCGGAAACCCACAUAUUUUUUUUUUGGCCUAAGGGGCGUUCAAAGCUGGAUUAACACUAACCCUAACCCUCAGUUAAAAUUUAAUCUGCUGUUUAGUUUCUGCAAGUCUGUUUAUUUCACAACUUCAGAGAAGAAAACUCCUGCUGAUCCGGACACUAUUCCUGAAGAAAUUUUUAUUUCCAAAUUUAGAAACAAGCUGUUGCAUUAGUUUUGCUUUGAAUUUUAGGUUAACCUAGGGUUAGGCUAAACAGCUUUCGAACAACUGGACCCGGGACAAAUUUAGGAUGCAGAAUUGCAGAACAUACUCAAGUACUUCAUGUUGCAAACAAGGCAUGUGGCAUUGGCACAGAAUAGAGACCAUACAGAAGUCCGACUUCUUGUCGACACCUAUGAUUUUGGCGUAACUGUUGUAAUGCUGUCACCAUGUUCCUAUCCAGUGUGCUUACAAAAGGCAUUCACCCCCUGGAAGCAUUCAAAAUGGUGUAUGUUCAGGGGGGUGAAUGCCCCUCAUAAGCACAUUGGCUAGGAACAUGGCAACUGGCAAGUGCAUUUUGAUGAUGAAUCAUUGCAAAUCAUGACGUGGCUGUGGUUACACUUUUUUGGAUGAGUCGGACUUCUGUAUGGUCUCUGUUCUGUGACAUUGGUCAAUUUCAUUCCCAGGCUCUUCCCUCAUGUGGAAGUAAAAGGAAGAGCCUGAGAACGAGGUUGCAAAUGGUCGUCAACUUCAGAAAUAGAAACAAUAAACAUUACUUUCUCGUUUGGAUAUAUUGACCACCAUUUGUUGCCCGAUAGUGCUUAGUAAAACCCACCUGUAUAGUGCAUUGUUUUAUCAUUUUAAAUAAUUUAUAAAUAUAAAUGUAUUUCUUAAGUAUUACAUUAAAGUUAAUAUACAUUUUAAAAGGUCACAUGUAUUCUGCUGGUCUAAUUACUAAAAUUCUCAAACCUGUUUUUACCAAGGGGCCACAUCCAUAUUCAUGUUGCCACAAAUAACAUCGAAUUGACUUUAUUACUUCACCCACUCCAGAUAAACGUCGAUCGAUAUUCAGUCGUAUUUUGACUUUCGUUACUUUGGACAUUAAUUGUCAAAUUGCCACAAGAUAAUGUCGACAAGUUCACAUGACCCACCCACUCGUAACGUUCAUUCAGGGGCGUAGGAACCAGGGGGCCCAGGCCCCACAACAUGAAUAUGGAUGUGGUUCUUUAUUAUAUCAUAAUGCCAUGAGCAUAUUUG